ACCUAGAAGAAGAAACAUGAUGAAGAAACAACAGAGUGGUAUUUCAUCGCGUAGAACGUCUAGCUCUGUAGAACUUGGAAAUUCAAAAGUCGAGAGUAGAAAUAAAGGCAAAGAUGUGGCAGAGAACAAGGGGGUGAGAUAUCGCCCCAACAAGCAAGAGUGGCAGAAAUAUGAAGGUUUAUUUUACAAAGACUUGCAGACAGAUAGUAAGCUACAAAGGGAUUUCAUGCUUGAAAUGGCGAAACUUCUGAAUACAUACAUGGCUGAUCAAUUCAGUGGGAAGGUAAAAGUGGUGGAUUUUCACCACCCCCACCAGCUUCAGGAGACGAUGAGUGAUUGUCUCGCUGUGGAUGCCGACCCCCAGGAUUUACAUCAGAUUCUGAGUGAUUGUAAGGAAACUCUGAAGUACUGUGUCAAAUCAGGUCAUCCUCAUUUUUUAAACCAGUUGUCUACGGGACUGGAUGCAGUUGGCGUGGCUGGGGAGUGGUUGACGGCGACUGUCAACGCUAAUAUGUUUACAUUUGAAGUUGGUCCAGUAUUUGUACUGAUGGAGGAGAUCAUACUACGUAGGAUGCGAUCCUAUAUAGGUUGGAAGGAGGGAGGGGAUGGGAUCUUCACCCCAGGUGGCACGAUUUCCAAUCUAUACGCAAUGAUGUUAGCGAGACACAGGAAAUUUCCGGAAAUGAAGGAAAAUGGAAUGUACAUCGGACAAAAACUCGUCGUUUACACAUCAGCACAGAGCCAUUUCUCAAUCAAGAAAGCAGCAAUUUUGCUGGGCAUUGGAAUGAAAAAUGUUUGCGCUAUCCCUUGUGAUGAGAGAGGCAAAAUGAAACCGAGUGACCUUGAACGUGAAGUUAAAAAGACCAUCGCUGAGAACGGCAUUCCUCUAAUGGUGAAUGCAACCUGUGGCACAACUGUAAUAGGGGCUUAUGAUCCUGUAGAUAAAAUAGCUGACAUUUGUCACAAAUACGGCAUCUGGCUUCAUGUUGACGGUGCAUGGGGAGGUUCGGCGUUAUUAUCAAGGAAAUACAAACACUUACUGCAAGGUGUUAACAGAUGUGAUUCGAUGACCUGGAAUCCUCAUAAAAUGAUGGGAGUACCUUUGCAAUGUUCAGCCAUCUUGGUCCGCAAUUCGGGCGAACUACAAAGAGCUAAUGAGUUGUGCGCAGACUAUCUUUAUCAAUCAGACAAGUUCUAUGACGUCACCUACGACACUGGUGACAAGGCCAUUCAGUGUGGACGACAUAAUGAUGUCUUUAAGUUAUGGCUGAUGUGGAGGUCGAAGGGAGACAGUGGUUUUGAAGAUGUCAUUAACAAGAACUUUCAAUUAUCUCGGUGUCUUGAGCAAAAAGUGAAAGAAAGGGCACAUUUUACAACUGUUACAGAUGAGAUUGAGGGUCCCUGUGUUUGUUUCUGGUAUGAGCCGCCUCAACUCUUUACACCAAAUCUUACCUCGACAGAACAAAGAAAUCUUCUUAGCAAGGUGGCUCCUAAACUCAAGGAAUCGAUGACUUUAAAGGGAAGCAUGAUGUUAGCUUACCAACCUCUUGGUGAACUGCCAAAUUUCUUCAGAAUAGCAAUAUCGAAUCCAAAGCUAACAGAAGCAACAUUAGACUGGAUAUUAAAUGAAAUCGAACGAUUGGCGAAUGAUAUAUUGUGGCCAGAGGAAAAAAGUUUCGGUUGUGAUGAAGUGUCCCGCUAA